UGUCUUCUACCAGGUCCUCAGUCAGGCUAUGAGUAGCUGUGGUUCCGCGGAGCAGGGUAUUGACUAGAUCUCAUCUUACUGAAGAAAGAUGUCUGGACGAGGAAAGGGAGGAAAAGGGCUCGGUAAAGGAGGCGCAAAGCGUCACCGUAAAGUUCUCCGUGAUAACAUCCAGGGAAUUACCAAGCCCGCCAUCCGCCGCCUGGCUCGCCGUGGCGGAGUGAAGCGUAUCUCCGGUCUGAUCUACGAGGAGACCCGCGGCGUGUUGAAGGUUUUCCUUGAGAACGUGAUCCGCGAUGCUGUCACCUACACCGAGCACGCCAAGAGGAAGACCGUCACCGCCAUGGACGUGGUGUAUGCUCUGAAGAGACAGGGCCGCACUCUGUACGGCUUCGGCGGAUAAACUUACUUUCCAACAGCUCAACAACACAACGGCUCUUUUAAGAGCCACACACUUCGUCAAUGAGAGCUCACAUCCUCUGCUCAACAACAAUAAGUCGUUCUCCGAGUAGAUGUCUUACAAUGUCAAGAUUUUGAAGUUAUUUCAUAUCAAAACAUCAAAUAAUGCAAUUAUAAAUCGUAGUUUCCUCUUUAAUUUCUAAAUUUAAGUUACACUUGAAAGCCGUUUGUUUAUAUUUAUACUGUUAUUUAUAUAUACACGUGUGUGUGUGUGUGUAUUUAUAUAUAUAUAUAUAUAUAUAUACUGUAGUAACAUCAGACGGAGCUGCUCUCUAGAUAUGUGAACUGAAACAACGUCCACUACCAGUUGAACUCUCUUGCAUGUCCUGUCAGAAGCUUUGUUUUCCAGUAGCUCAGCUUCUCCCGUUUUAUUGCAGCUUCUUAUCUGUUCUGAGUUUUGAAAAUGACCAAUGGAGCUGCACAAACUUGAUCAGAACACUAAGUUUAAUUUAAAAAUUGUUCAAAUCUUUUUUCAGGACC